UUGAGCAUAAGCACAGUAAGAGAGCCGUGAUAGACAGUCCACGGUCCGCCGCUCCCCAAAGUGGAGCUGACCCCGCCACCUGGUCCUAGGUCCAGGUUCGGCCCAUUGUGUGACGUCACUCGAUAGGAGUCGCAGCGUUCGCCAGUUGAGGCCGUGCGGAUGGAGGCGCACUUCGCCCUGUCGGAGGAUGACCACCGCUGUGAUUCAAACGCCCUCACUCAACUCAAUGCAAAAACAGCGUAUAUAGAUUUUACAGAUUGGGAAUCAUCUUGUUUUUUUUUUUAUUUUUUUUUUUUAAAAGGCUCGGUCUUUUGUGCUGGGGGACCCCAAAGUCGCAGGCGGCGCAGACAACAGUUUCACAAGUGUGGCUCCCGAUCGGCAAAUGGAUCUGAAGAGAGUGCUGUCCUUCCCACCAUAUCCUGGGGAUUACCUGCAUCCAGUGGUGUAUGCCUGCACGGCUGUCAUGCUGCUGUGUCUGCUGGUCUCCAUCAUGACAUAUAUAGUCCAUUACAGUGUGAUCCGCAUCAGCAGAAAUGGAUGGCACACACUCCUCAACUUUUUGUUUCACACUGGACUGACAUUUGGUGUUUUUGCUGGAGGCAUUAAUCAGAUCAACGUUCCUUUUUUGUGUCGAAUUGUUGGCAUUAUCCUCCAGUAUGCUUCUUUGUCUACCAUGUUUUGGCUGACAUUUACCGCCAGAAACAUCUGUAACAAUGUGUCCAAAGACCCACUUAAAGCCCCUGGCUCAAACAGUCCUGUCCUGGCUGAAAGCAAAACAACCAUUCUCAGAUUUUAUAUCGUAAGCAAUGGUAUUCCUCUCAUAAUUGUUGGAAUUACUGCAGCCUUUGGAAUGGAAAACUAUGGGAGCAGGGAUGAUGCACCUUAUUGCUGGAUGGCAUGGGAACCAAGCCUGGGAGGAUUCUAUGCCCCUGUGAGUCUUUUGGUCUUAGUUACGUUUGUGUACUUCUUGUGCACUUAUAUCCAUCUUAAACGACAUCCUGAGAGGAAGUACGAGCUCCGAGUUCUGAGUGAGGAGCAGCAGCAGUUAUCAUCCACAGACCGGCCUGACAUUGGGGGGGCUUCUGGAUCUGCUGGGGAUUGCGCAGCGUUUAUUACUGGUGUAUCCGAGCUUUCCAAUGAGCAGUCAUUUAAAUCACAGCUUUGGACCACAGUUUUCACCCUCUUUCUGUUUCUGUCAACAUGGGCAUUGGGAGCAUUGGCAGUAUCUCUUGGCCGUUUUCUGGAUAUGAUAUUCAGCUGUCUCUAUGGUGCAUUCUGUGUUACUCUUGGACUCUUUCUUCUCAUCCAGCAUUGUGCCAAGCGUGAUGAUGUUUGGCACCACUGGUGGGCUUGUUGCACAGCCAAAUCCAAAACUGAUGAUGGAGAUGGGAAGAGACCAAGCCAGAGGCAGGAGCUUCAUCAGCCUCAGUGCCACCUCAACUCCAUAUGCUCGGGCAAGAAGCUGCUGCUCUCACCGCAAGUUGUGCAAAGCUUGACCUAUAAAAAUGCAUCCCCUUCUCAAAAUCUCUCUCCCAGUCACGUCACUUCUUGCUGUGUGGCGGAAACUGUAACUACACCUGUCUCCCCUUUGAGUGAGUCAGCGCCCUCACCACGUCCUCUGGCCCUAUCUGAUGAACUUCCUCGUCCUUCAUUGCCACUACCCAGUUGCCGUUUUGACAGAACCAAGUCAUGCUCUUUCAAUCACCCACGCCCAUGUCUCCGUGACUACCGCUCUCACGUGGCAUCAAACAGUACGGAUGGGAGUGUGAAUAGCUCCCAACUCGAAGUCCCUCACGCUGCACACUACCUUGAGAGCUCACCAGUGUCCAACAGCCCACACCCAGACCUGCAAAUCUCCUGCUCGAGCCCUCACUUGGAUCAGCAGCGAGCGUCCUGUCAUGUCCAGCCGUCUUGCCACAACAUACACAACUCGCUCACUUUUAGUCACAGCCUCAUUCUGCCUUCCCAUAGGGUAAAUACCUGCCAGUGGAACUUGUACAGUUCAGCAGACCAUUUCUCCACCACAAGCUGCCCUGAAAAGCCAGAUGCCUGCAACCUUCUGUAUCCGCAAGCGCUAGAUACAUCCAGCUACAUGUCAGAGAUACCAGAAAAGGACAAGGAGACACGAUGUGCAGAGAUGGAGCCAAAAUUAUUUCCAAGAAAUACUUUGCCUCGACAACAUGCUACAAUUAACCGACGAGUGACUUUUGGCCGAAACCGUAGCCUGCAGGAAGAUAGUCUGUUUGUGUCAGACACAACAGGGAACAUACGGACUGGACCUUGGAAGAAUGAAACCACUGUAUAGUGUUCUAAUGAUUUCACCUGCGAUACCUUUCAAGAGUCCUGUAAACUCUGAUUGCCCUUGGCUUUGUCUUUUAACUACACAUUUUGAGGUGAGUAAUCCAAAAACUUUUAUGAAAAACAUAAAAACAAUCUUUUAUGAAAAACUAUGUACUUUACAGAGAGAUUAAUUCAGUCAUGUUUCUGCUUGUUUCUGCUUCAAGUUGUAAAGAGUGACUCAGCAGCAGUAAUAACAACAGUAAACAUUCUUAAAUAUGCAUUUCAUCAUCAAGUACGGAUUUAAGAAGUCCUUUUUUGUUCUUGUUGUAUGUCAUCCUCAAGUAGCACACACUACUGGAAAAAACAGGGCUUUUUUUUUCUGUUACUACUAGGGGUGUCCCGAUCUGAUCUUUGAGAUCGCAUAUCGCUCCGAUGUCAGCACAAAAUAGUGUAUCGGAUCGGACUGGAUCUAAAAUCUCAAAUUUGACCACUCUUAACAAGCAGUGCAGUGCCCGGAUGGCAUGCGAUCACAACAACAGAUUGCUAAAUUACUAACAUAGUAGCAAGGUGUAAGAAUGAAUGUUGCUUGCUUAAAGUCGUUUAUUGACACUCCACUCACUGUAAAACUAUAUGCAUAACAAAAGAAUUGCAGCUAGUGAAUGUUCAAAUACAUCACAGACUUUGUCUGUCUUUGUUUUUGUUCACAAAAAUGGCUAGCUCAAAGCUAACACAAAAUGAAUGAAAACACCAUUGAAUAGGUCAUGGAAAUUGGCAUCGAACACGCGGCACUUACAGCUCUCACAAUAAUGAAUAUUGGUACACAAACGCUGGAUGAACACAAACAAAAAGGCAAUAUAUAACCCCAAUUCCAAUUAAGUUGGGAUAGUGUUAAACAUAAAUAAAAACAGAAUACAAUGAUUAGCAAAUCAUGUUCAACCUAUAUUUAAUUGAAUACACGACAAAGACAAGAUAUGUAAUGUUCAAACUGAUAAACUUUAUUGCUUUUAGGAAAUAAUCCUUAAUUUAGAAUUUUAUGGCUGCAACACGUUCCCAAAAAAGAUGGGACAGGUGGCAAAAAAGACUGAGAAAGUUGAUGGAUGCUUAUCCAACACCUGUUUGGAACGUCCCACAGGUGAACAGGCUAAUUGGGAACAGGUGGGUGCCAUGAUUGGGUAGAAAAGGAGCAUCCCUGAAUUGCUCAGUCAUUCACAAGCAAAGAUGGGCUGAGGUUCACCUCUUUGUGAACAAGUGCAUGAGAAAGCAGUCGCACAGUUUAAGGACAAUGUUCCUCAACGUACAAUUGCAAGGAAUUUAGGGGUAUCAUCAUCUACGGUCCUUAAUAUCAUCAAAAGGUCCAGAGAAUCUGGAGAAAGCACUGCACGUAAGCGGCAAGGCCGAAAACCAACAUUGAAUGCCCGUGACCUUCGAACCCUCAGGUGGAAAUGCAUCAAAAACCGACAUCAAUGUAUAAAGGAUAUCACCACAUGGGUUCAGGAACACUUCAGAAAACCAAUGUCAGUAAAUACAGUUCGGCGUUACAUCCAUAAGUGCAACUUGAAACUCUACUCUGCAAAGCAAAACCCAUUUAUCAACAACACCCAGAAACGCAGCCGGCCUCUCUGGGCCCGAGCUUACCUAAGAUGGACUGACGCAAAGUGGAAAAGUGUUCUGUGGUCUGACGAGUCCACAUUUCAAAUUGUUUUUGGAAAUUGUGGACGUCGUGUCCUCCGGGCCAAAGAGGAAAAAAAUCAUCCAGAAUGUUAUGGACGCAAAGUCCAAAAGCCAGCAUCUGUGAUGGUAUGGGGCUGUGUUAGUGCCAAUGGCAUGGGUAACUUACACAUCUGUGAAGGCACCAUUAAUGCUGAAAACUACAUACAGGUUUUGGAGAAACAUAUGCUGCCAUCCAAGCAACGUCUUUUUUAUGGACGCCCCUGCUUAUUUCAGCAAGACAAUGCCAAACCACAUUCUGCACGUGUUACAACAGCGUGGCUCCGUAGUAAAAGAGUGCGGGUACUAGACUGGCCUGCCUGCAGUCCAGACCUGUCUCCGAUUGAAAACGUGUGGCGCAUUAUGAAGCGUAAAAUACGACAACGGAUACCCCGGACUGUUGAACAGCUGAAGCUGUACAUCAAGCAAGAAUGGGAAAGAAUUCCACCUACAAAGCUUCAACAAUUAGUGUCCUCAGUUCCUAAAUGUUUAUUGAAUGUUGUUAAAAGAAAAGGUGAUGUAACACAGUGGUAAACAUGACCCUGUCCCAGCUUUUUUGGAACGUGUUGCAGCCAUAAAAUUCUAAGUUAAUGAUUAUUUCUUGAAAACAAUAAAGUUUAUCAGUUUGAACAUUAAAUAUCUUGUCUUUGUAGUGUAUUCAAUUAAAUAUAGGUCGAACAUGAUUUGCAAAUUUGUAUUCUGUUUUUAUUUAUUUUUAACACAACGUCCCAACUUCAUUGGAAUUGGGGUUGUAACAAUACCCUCAGGCAUAUAUUCUUCUAACUGUAAAAAAUAAGUUAUAACAAUAUUCGAUCAUUACUUCUUCUACCUAAUGUGUUACUGCAAAUGUGUAUCUCAUUGCGUGCACCACACUGCCAUUCAGAGGUCAAGAGGUGCACAACAGGAACAGUGAAUAAUACUAUACCACAGAUGCAUUGCCGCACAUGUGUAGAAGCAAAUUCUGUUCCCACCAUAUACUGAAUUGAGCUUAAAUUGUUGUUUGGUACUUUAAAAGUAUAAUUUGUAUUUAUUUUAUAUUGAGGUUAUUUUUCAUGGUUUUCUGAUUAAUUUUUUAUUUAAUCUAUUCAAUUGUAGAAUAUGCUUAUGUUUAAGUUAAGCAGUGGUUAUGUUGCAAUUUAGAUAUAUAUUUUAUUGUUUUUUGUUAUUUUCAGGAUUUUCUAAUAUAAUAAUUGUUUUUUUUAUUCAAUUGUCGUACAUUCCUAUUUUUAAAGUUACUUUAUGUAAACCAUUGGUUAAUAAUAAAUGGGUCAGUUUUUCUCCUA